AUUGUUUAUAUGACAAAGUAUAAGGUUAAUAUCUAGGCUGUCGUUGUUGUAAUGGUAUUUGACCUUUGUGUUGUUGGUGCUGGAUGUAUUGGGUCAGCAACUGCCAGAUAUGGAUCAAAUAUUGGGACUGUAUGCCUCAUUGGAGUUAAAGAAGCAGAGGACCCAAGUGCAUCAGGUGAAAGAGAUAUAUUUGGUGCCCAUUACGAUGAGGGGCGAAUUACAAGGUCUUCAGACAGUGAUUUUGUUUGGUCGAGUCUUGCCAAAGAAUCUAUUGCCAGGUAUCGGGAAAUAGAAAGUUCAUCCGGCAUACCUUUUUAUGAUGAAACUGGAUACAUUAUAUGUGGUUCUGUUGGUAAAGAAUUCAUGAGGACAAACAAGGAAUGUGCCAAGAGCCAUGGAAUAAAUACCAAAUUGUGGCCAAGCAAAGAACUGAAAAACCAUUUCCCAUACUUGAAUUUCUCCGAAUCUGAUGAAGCUAUUUACGAAAAGAAUAAUUCUGGAUAUAUAAGUCCAAGGCGUUUAAUAGAAGCGCAAAUUACAAUUGCAAAGAGACAAGGUUGUCACGUGAUUGAAGCGGUGGCAAAUGAAGUAGAGAGAUGUGUUAUUGGCGGGGAAUAUUUAAUGUGUGUUUCGACAGAAAGCGGUCAAAAGAUAUAUGCAAAGAAAGUAUUACUUGCAACGGGUGCUUUUACUUCAUUCAGGAAACUCCUGCCGAAAUAUGUCAAUAUUGAUGUAUCUUUGCGUCCAAUUACUGUAGCUCGAAUCGAAAUUAGUCUAGACGAUUACAAAAAAAUUAGAAAUAUGCCAUCGAUUUCUUAUUGUGGUACUGGCGCUGCAGAUUGGAUGACAAAAUUUAUUCGACGGUCAGAUAACACAGUAAAAUUCUAUAUGCUGCCACCUGUAAAAUAUCCUGAUGGAAAGUACUACAUCAAAUUAGGUCACGACAGUGAUGACUUCCCUAAAAUAUUGAGCACAGCAACAGAAGUAAAACAUUGGUACUGCAGUAGAGGUGAUGAAAAAAUGAUUGAAGAUAUAGUUACUAUUAUCAAAGAUAUUGUUAAAGGACCAAAGCUGCAAUCUUAUGUCGGUGAUUGUUGUGUUAUAGUGAAAACUCCAUCAGGUAGACCCUACAUUGAUCACAUUCACUCACAGUUAGGUAUAGCUGUUGGCGGGAAUGGAUACGCAGCAAAGUCAUGCGAUGAAAUUGGUCGACUUGCCGCCUUGUUAGUAAUGGAAAAUAAAUGGGAUACUACCCUUCCAAAAGGCUCGUUUAAUGUCAAAUAUAAGACAGAAGGAAGUAAAUUAUAAUAAAAGUAGAUUUUACUAAAAAAA